CAAACACCUUUCUCAUAUGACGUUUUUAGUUUUCGGCGGAUAUUUUUUUUGGAACGGUAUAAAAGCUCAUCGCCAAUUUCAUUCGAACAUCAGUCAGUUGUCUCUUGUCCGUUAUUCGACAUCAACAAUGAAGGUAUUUGUCUGUGUUCUUAUUUGCGCUGCCUAUGUGUCGGGCGGUUUCUUAAGCGGUGGCAGUAGCGGAGGUGGUGGCGGUUAUGAUUAUUCAAGUCCUGGCUGGCAAGGCGGUAGCAGCGGUGGUGGUUGGCAAAGUAGCGCCCCAGCACCUGCACCAGCAAAAAUUGUAAAGGUGAUUGAGGAGCCAUCACACGGCGGUAGUCACGGUGGAUAUGGUGGCGGCCAUGGAGGCGGUCACAGCGAAGAAAUCAUCAAAAUUGUUCGCGUUCAAGGGGGUGGCCAUGCUGGUGGUCACGGUGGUGGUGGUGCUGGCGGUUAUUCAUACGGUCCAGGCCCCUCUGCUCCAGUUAAAGUUAUCAAGUUGGUCGAUGGUGGAUAUUCUGGUGGCCAUGGCGACCACCAUGCACCAGCUCCACAAGUGAUUAAAGUGAUCAAAAUUCAAGGAGGUCCACCAAGUGGUGGUGCCGGAUGGCCACAAGGUGGAAUCUGGCCGUCAGCCGAUCAUCAAGGAUGGACUGCCAACGCCGGUGGCUGGGAUUAAAUUUGAACUCCUUAAAAAAAUUCCCCUUAACAUUAACAUCGAUUUCGAUGAAACAUUUGUAUAGAAUAGAUGAAAAACAAACAAACCAAUUCACCGGAAGUGACGAGAUUCCAAAUUUUAUGUUAAAAUAAUGAGGAGAUCUCCCUUUCACACAAACAUUGUUCACUUAAACGAAACACAUUUGAUAUGACAAAUAAAUGUAUUUAUUAAAAUAUGUAAA